AAAUGGGCGGAACCCGGUGCCGUAUUGUUUACGUCUGCGUGCUCAAAGUAGGUCAUAAGAGCGACACAUCUAGUAAGAUAUUUCUCGUAAAAUUGAAUUAUUCUUAAUCGCACGGAGUUGUAACGAUAACGGAAAAAACAGCAGGAUUCCCGCGGGCAUCUGCAAAGCUGGUGUGGCAUGUCCAGGCGCAGCCGAAACAGUCGAGUGUGGCGCAGUGUGUGGAGCGGAAUUCGGCGGGAUGCUGAUGCAAAGACGCUGGUGCUGCCCUCGGAGAGCGAUGAAUGGGGUUGUGACCGCCUACAGUACAGUGACUCAGAUUCCGAGGCAGAGUAUCCUGGCAUUGUACCUUCAGUGCCAAGUGCUGUGCCAGUGACCGGGGAGUCGUACUGUGGCUGUGAUUUGGAGAUGGAAUCGAGUUAUGACCCACGUCUACGCAGUUACGCACGGCUGCGAGACUGCCACUGUGGUGAAGAUGACCAGGAGUUUGACUGGGUGUGGGACGAGGGCAGUCGGUCAGCAGCCACCCUGCUGAGCUGCGAGAACAGGAAGGUGAGCUUCCAUUCAGAGUACAGCUGCGGCACGGCGGCUAUCCGCGGCUCCAAGGAGCUCUCAGAGGGACAGCACUUCUGGGAGAUCAAAAUGACCUCUCCGGUCUACGGAACAGACAUGAUGGUAGGAAUUGGCACAUCAGAUGUCAAUCUGGAUAAAUAUCGACAUAAGUUCUGCAGUUUACUGGGAAAAGAUGAAGACAGCUGGGGCUUGUCAUAUACAGGAUUGUUACAUCAUAACGGUGACAAAGUGAGCUUCUCCUCACGGUUUGGUCAGGGAUCUAUCAUCGGUGUUCACUUGGACACCUGGCAUGGAACGCUCACCUUCUUUAAAAACCGCAAAUGCAUCGGUGUAGCAGCUACAGAGCUGCAGAACAAGCGUGUGUAUCCCAUGGCAUGUUCCACAGCUGCCAAAAGCAGCAUGAAGGUGAUCCGCUCUGUUUCCGCCCCCACCUCACUCCAGUACCUCUGCUGCUGGCGCCUGCGUACGCUCCUCCCCUCAGGAGCCGACGCCCUCAGAGUGUUGCCCCUCCCACCAGGACUAAGGCAUCUACUACAUUCCAAACUUGGCUGGGUGCUAAGCUUAGACCACUCGCACACAAACUCGAACACGCACACACCGGUCGGGCCGUCUUCAGGCAGCGAAUCAGACGGCUGCGCUUCUGACCCCGAGGCCUGCCAGAGGAAACGCUGCCGCUGGACCUGAGGCAAACACACACACACACACACACACACACACACACACACACACACACACACACACACAUAUGCGCAUACAUACACUCUUACAUUUAAAAUGUUGUCAGGUUGUUUUAGUUUCAGACUCCUACAUAACCUGAGAGAAACCUUUAAAAAAAAAAAAGUCUUUAAGAUGUUAAUGUAUCUGAUUUAUUAAGUCUCUCCAGAUUAAGGAAGCUACUUGGAUUUUAAUCUUAGCAGGACUGUUCAAAUCACAUUUAAUUUUGUACAGAUCAUGUAAAAGAUACACGCACAUGCAGUCUGAUGCAACAUGACUAACCAGUCAGAUGUAUUUCUGUUUUAUAGCAUCGUGCUGAAUGUUUCAGCUCUGUCCCUGCUGUCUCUUUCAGGGUUUCAGAACAAAAAAAAAAUUAGUCACAAUUUUCCACCCUACAUGAGCUCUUUAUAUAAAAUCUCAGUAUUCUCUUUACCUAUAACCUUCAGCACUGUGCCAUCGUCUACCUGUACUUCAAUAUAGCUUAUAUCCAAACAAGUAGAAUGAGUAAAAUGGAUGCCCAGAUGGAUAGUUGGACAGAUGGGUUUAGUUAUCAGUUAUAAAUCGAUGUUCCAUAUAAACAUGUCAUUCGCCAUCCGAGUCUGCAAAAGAGGCGACCAGUUUGGCAGCAGGUUUCAUCAGCAUAGCACUGAUGUGCUGAAUCUAGUACUGUAUGAUGCAUUUCAUUAUUUCUUAAAAUUGCAAUAUUUGAGAGAUUUGGAAGGAUUUUGUUAAUGAAUGUUACACAGCUAUGCCACAAUAUAAUGGUAUGUAAGGUGUCUUUAAAGCAACAGAGGUGCCAGCGUCUACCGUUUGGCUGAGAUAAGUCAGUGCGUCAUCCGCAAGGUUUGCUGAGAUUACCCACUUGACUAUGAAUUUAUAGAAAACAGCAUUGUUUUUUUUUUGUUUUUUUUUUGUUUUUUUUAGUUUAUUUUUUUAGACCUAUAUGAGUUUUAUGUGUAUCUUUUUAGUUCAUUAGUUUUUACCUGAAAGACAGGAUAAGUAGAUGAUGAAAUCGAAGGUAUGGUAUUGACCAGGUCGAUUCAAUUUGUUGAGCGAACCAUAUCGACAUGGUCACUGCCAUUUCUGGAAAAUAUCUCUCCACUGAUUUUUUUUUUUUCUUUCUUACUGUUGAAAAGUAAAAGUGGGUGGAAGCUGAAAAUUCAGGAUCUUCAUGAUCGUUUUGCAGAAAUAAAAUUUCACAACGGAUAUGAAUGGAACGGAUGAUACACGAACUGCACUUUGAUUCUGCUUGCGACUGCAAUUUGUGACCUGUGAAAGCUAUGCGUUUUGCUUUCCCAGAAAAUGCAGUCUUCAGACCAAACAAACAAAACACACAAAAAAAGCUAAUAUGCUGUUAUUUCGUCUUGCAUCAAAUUUAUCAUGUCAAAGUUCACACCUGUGGAUUUACAAACAUUUCUGCUGGAUUAGUACAGAAUGGAAUAAAAGUAGGCAUGCUAUCGUCUCUGGGUGGUAAAAGAGCAGUGUAGAAGGUGCAGUUUACCAUUUAUCCUGUUAGCAUAGAGUUGUCUCAUUCACCAGCAUAGGAGAGGUUUUUGUUUUUUUUUGUUUUUUUUUAAAGAACAUAGUCUUUAUCGCUACUUCUAGGAUCUUAUUGAUAAGAUCGUUGGUUCCUCUGUCAAAGACAUUUUCCUUGUACUGUAUAUUCGAUCUUUAUUUCUAUCAUACUAUUGACUUUUCUGCUGUCCUUUGAGAUGCCAUUUUGUAUUAAUCCAUAUUUAAGAUCAGCUUUUAAAACUUUAAUUAUUUUUUUUUUAUCAUUUUACUUGUCAGUCAACUAGUGUAUUAACAUCUGAUGGACAUGGUCUUUUUCUGUCAACUAUAGUCAGACUGGCCCAGUGUUACAAAUCUUGGCUGAGCUGUUUGUCUAUGGCAUAGAAGUGUUGUGCAACAGUGGUUGCUGUGAAAUGUGCACAAACGUAUGAUCUGCAGCCAUCAAAUGUCUUCAUGAACCUAUGAUUUGAACACAUUUUGGUCUUAACGCAGCAUUUGUGGUGCUCUGUGCCGUCUUUAUCACCUCUCUGGCUUCUCACUCGGGCCUGUUCUAACCUGAUGCAAAGCAAAAACACUUAAUGCCAGAAUUAAAUGAUAGAAUACACCCACAAUGUAAACCAACAAAUGUGAAGUUAAUGUUUGUUUUGAAACAAGAGGUUGGAUCUUCUUUAAGCUCAGCUAGAGGAGCUGAUGUUCUCAAUUCAUAUGCUGUCUGAACUAAGUACCAACCCUUGUUCUUAUAACCAUACAUUUUUACAUCUCUCUAUGAGGGCUGUAUUUAUCAAGAAUGCAAGUUUGUGUGUAUAGGUUUUGUAAUUUGCUGUAAAAUAUAAUCAAAGUCUUUGUUAUGCAUUCAAGCACUUUCUCCUUUCAUUGUAUGCAGAAAUAAAUGCAUAUCGAUUCUUUAUGCUCUGUUCUGUACAUAUUGUAUGUAUUAGCUUAUUCUCUUUUUUCUGUCUCCCUUUACUAUAUGUCAGGCAUGGGCUUUAACUGAUGUACGAUUUAAGGAGUUGAAUCAAAAUCAUGUAUAAAGAGGGGGGGGGGGUAAAGCUGGGUAUGUAGUUUGUUUUAUAAGCAUAAUAAAUGAUUCAAAACCG